UUUCUUUCCUUCUCGCCUAUUCUUUCUUGGUAACAGUAAUAUUUGUAUCUUCAGCUGCCAGGCGCCGUUUCCUUUUACUCUCUCUUUCUCUCUCUUCCUUUUUCAAAAUCCAGUUUUUACUUACUCUGAUCAUGCCUCCAUAACCAAUUCUUUUUCCUUCUUCUUCUCACCCUGACACACCCACAUACGCAAAUUCAAAUUUCACUACCAAAAACAAUGUCACCCGUGCAGUUCGUUUCUUCCUCCUCUCAUCCUCCUCGUUGGCUUCAAGUCCUCCUCACCGAGAAGUUCUACAACGCUUGCAUAAUUCACGAGGAGGCAAAGAAGAACGAGAAGAACGUCUAUUGCUUGGAUUGUUGCAUCAGUCUCUGCCCUCACUGUUUGUCCCCUCACCGCUCUCAUAGACUCUUGCAGAUUAGAAGAUAUGUGUAUCAUGAUGUUAUAAGGUUGGAUGACGCUGCAAAAUUAAUUGACUGCACUUCAGUUCAAUCCUACACGACCAACAGUGCAAAAGUGGUAUUUUUAAACCAAAGGCCACAGGCAAGGAACUUCAGAGGCUCCGGCAAUUUCUGCAGCACCUGUGACAGAAGUCUGCAAGACCCAUACCACUUCUGCUCCCUUUCUUGCAAGAUCAACUAUCUGGUCAGAACUAAGGGUUCUCUCUCUGGUUACCUCUUCGAGUGCAACUACUUGCCGCUACCAGAAUGUGGGCUCGACGAUGGUCUGAUGACCCCUGACUCGGUUCUGGAACCGGCCGGUUCGGCCCGAACCUCGUCAGGCUCCGGAGGGUAUGGUGGGGUAGAUUGCAGGACCACCCUGGCUUGCACUGCCACCACCGAGAUUGUGAGGAAGAAAAGAACCGGCGGGUCUGGUUUCCGGCCACCAUGCCGACCAGCGUGUUCGCCUGUGUCGGAAAUCUCGGCGGGUCUGAUGAACCGGAGGAAAGGGAACCCUCAGAGGUCCCCGCUGUAUUGAAGGACUUGCGAGAGGGUGAGGAGGUUCUCUGAGAUGAAAAUGAAAAAACGGUCUCAUGAAAGAAAACAACUUUUUGGUAUUUUGCUAUUAUAAUUAUGAAUUAUUCUAAAUAUUACUAUGUGGGAUUGGGAAGAAAAACCUCCUAGUUUUGUAGAUUAUCA